GUUGCUUCCUUCCUCCUGCAAACUGCAACUUUGGCUUUCCUCUCCCGUCGAAGUCAAAGCUCAGCCGUCACUCCUCCGCCUUCGUCCUCCGCAAAGGAGCUCGAGCUGGAGGCCGACGCCUCUCCGCCGGCGCCGCAACCGUUCCGGCUCGUCUCCGCGCGCGAGAGAUCGAUACUCCAGCCGCGACUUCCUCCCCCGCUUCGAUGAACUAGGCCCUCUCCCCCCCCUCGGGCUCUCGCCAUGCCCUCGUCUCCCAAGCUCUUCCACCAGGGCCGCCCCUCGCGGCGCAGAUCUACCGUCCUGAUCCUGGGCUGCUGCCUCCUGAUCGGGCUCUCCGGGUUCGUGUUCGGCCUCGUCGCCAUCCUCCGGCCGGGCAAGUGCUCCGUCCACGAGCCGCGAUCGGUUCGAGUCGUCUGGGAGAGGGAGGGCGGCGGCGAGGGCGGCUCGGGUUCCGGUGGAGAUGGAGCUCGAAGUGCUAGCCGUCAUAAAGUGAUGGGCUUUGUGGGGAUUCAGACCGGUUUCGGAUCGGCCGGUCGCCGGAGAUCCCUGCGCCAGACUUGGAUGCCGUCCGAUCGGCAGGGGCUCCAACGGUUGGAGGAAGCCACUGGCUUGGCAUUCAGGUUUGUGAUUGGCAGAACUAAAGAUCAGUCGAAGAUGUCGGAGCUUAAGAGGGAAGCGGCGGAGUAUGCCGACUUCUUGUUGCUGGACAUUGAAGAGGAAUACAGUAUGCUUCCUUAUAAAACGCUAGCUUUCUUUAAAGCUGCUUAUGCACUUUAUGAUUCCGAGUUUUAUGUCAAGGCCGACGAUGACAUAUAUCUAAGACCUGAUCGGCUCUCAUUGCUCUUGGCAAAAGAACGGAGUCAUACUCAAACUUACAUUGGGUGCAUGAAAAAGGGGCAAGUUUUCGCUAACCCAAAGCUUAAAUGGUAUGAGCCGUUGCACUAUUUGCUUGGCAGCGAGUACUUCCUCCAUGCAUAUGGUCCAUUAUAUGCUCUUUCGGCUGAUGUUGUUGCAAGCUUGGUUGCUCUUCGAAACAAUAGUUUCCGGAUGUUCAGCAAUGAGGAUGUUACAAUUGGGUCAUGGAUGCUUGCCAUGAAUGUCAACCACGAGAACAAUCAAUUGCUCUGUGAAUCAGAUUGCACCACAUCCUUUAUUGCUGUUUGGGAUAUUCCAAAGUGUUCAGGGCUCUGUGAUCCAGAAAAGCGGUUGGUGGAACUUCAUCAGAAGGAAAGAUGCUCAAGAAGCCCUACUAUGCCAUCUGACGAUGAUUAGCUUCCCUCUUUCCAUCUUCCCAGACCCCUUAAUAUGAAUAGCCAGGUUCUUCGGCCGCUCGCUUGUGAAUCAGUAUUGUUGCCUCCACACGUCUUCUAAUUUGUGGAUCCUCAUUAAAUUCAUCUCCUUUUUCCCUUUAACUAGUAUAGAAACUUGAACAGAUACAUCGAUACCUAGUGGUCACUAGACAGACACCUCCAGAAUUAGAAAACGCCAAGGAGCAGUACUUGUUAGCUUCUCAGUCUUCUUUUUCUACCAUUCUUUUAGACCAUUGUCGAAACUUUUAAAAUUGAAUGUAUUCUUCAUUAAACACAUUUGAAUAUGAAGUAUUAUUAUUUCUCA